CCCAAUAAUGACAAUUCUGUCAUCGUUUACUCAGGCUAUAGUGUCGGUCUAAACCUGAUACAUGACUUUCUUUCUUGUGUGGAACAUAAAAGAAGAUAUUUAAACAACUGCCGAACAGUUUUGUUGACCAAUGAUGUUCAAUUGUACAUAAAAAUACUUUCUCAAAAUGUUUUCUCAAAAUAUCUUCUUUUAUAGUCCACAGAAGGAAGAAAUUCAUACAGGUUUGUAAAGAAACAAGGGUGAAUAAGUGAUGACAGAAUUUACAUUUUUGGGUCAUCUAUCCCUUUAAGUUUACAAACCUAUUUAUUUUCUUAUAAAUUAGGCCUAUUAAUUUAAAUAAUAAUUUAAUCAUUUUUGUACUUAACAUAGCAGGUUUAUUAAAUCUAAUGUUAUAAAAUUCACGUGAAAUGAAUGAAAAAAUAAAGAUAUAGCUAUACUUUAAACAGAAUACAAAUCAUUCACACGUGUUAUGAUUUGCAUCAGCCAGAUAUUAUACAGCAUGUCUCUACAGGUGGAUAAAAAUGUUUCCACAUGGGUGGACCAGCACAACAUUGUGUCAGCAUCUCCAUGGGAAAGCUGUUAAUGGGACUCUAGGGAAAGACAGAGAGUUGUUAAGAGCUAUGCUGCUGGAUGAAGUAUAACCCACAAGAUCUUGGACAGUCAUAUCAUGAAAGAGGCCAAAGGAUGAAUAGCUGAAUUCUUCAUGUGACUCUUGAGCAAUGUUAGGAUUUUAUUUAUUUAAUCAUUCACAAAUGUGAAAUUAAUUUCACAUUAGAAUUUCCUAAUGCUUGAACUUGUCCAUUUGUCCUUUUCCUCCAUGGAGCAAUAACACAAUGUUUCUCUAUUUUGGCAACAAUAAACAUUCCUAAUAAUUAACAUAUUAUCUAAAUUCCUUCUACAUUUCUCAGCUGUAUUUAGCGGGUUUCUCUUCCUCACACAAUAGCUCUGAUUGGCUGCUGGGCUUGCCAGAAGUUGAGCAGCUCCUCAAACAACAGACUCCAUUGUUGGCUCCAGAGCCCUCCGGCUCUUGAUAAGGUUCCUGAACAAUGCCUAUCCCUCCUCCUCCACCUCCCCCAGCUCCACCACCCCCACCUCCACCUCCUGCAGCUCCUGCACCUCCUGCACAAUCACGGACAGACCCUCCUAAAAUCCAGCGUUCUGAGGGUGGAGGUCGCAGUGCACUCCUGUCUGACAUUCAGAAGGGGACGAGGCUGAAAAAGGUCACACAGGUCAAUGACCGGAGCUCACCAGUCCUUGACAAACCUAAAGUGAACGGUGUGGAUGACAGUGGAAGAAAUGUGGUUGCUGGAAACUCUACAAACACAGCAGGAUCUGCUCCAUCUGCAGUGGGUCCAGCUCUGGGUGGACUAUUUGCCGGGGGAUUUCCUGUACUCAAACCAGUCGGACAAAGAGACAAGCAGCCGCAUCACAACCUGGUGUCUCGCUCCGGCUCUACCGCCAGCCUGAAGCAGCCUCUCUGGAACCCUCCAUCACAGGGAGAUGGGUUCAGAGGAAGCGCCCCUGAUCUUUCCCCCUCCCACAAACCUUUGGAAAGAGCCUCCUCACUGUCUAGAACUCGGCCUAUUUCCUCAUACACAGCCCCUCCCUCCCCAAGCCAAACUUCACAUCCUUCUUUCAAACUGUCCUCUGCUCCUCCUCCCUCUGCCCCUCCACCUCCUCCUCCUCAGGAGCGGCCCAAUAACAGACCACCUCCUCUCCCCACCUGCCCGCCCCCACCCCCUCCUCCUCAAAUGGCCAAACCCACUUGGUUACCCAUCCAAUCACACUCCAUUCCCAUGCCUACGACUCCACCUCCUCCACUUCCUCCCUCGGUUCCUGCGUUCUCACUUCCUGACAGAUCGUCUGGGGUCUUCUACCCGCCUCCCCCUCCUUUGCCUCCAUCAAUUCCUCCGUCCUCGCUCCCUGACAGGUCAUCUGGGGUCUACUACCCUCCACCUCCUCCUCCACCACCUCCGUCUUCUCUCCCUAACAGAUCAUCUGGAGUCUUCUUCCCUCUGCCCCCUUCUCCGGGGCCAUUAGAAAUGAAGGACAGUCCUUUAGGGCCUCCUCCUCCACCUCCUCUUCCUGCUGCAUUUGCAUGCAGUCACCCCUCCUCAGCACCUCCUCCACUACCGCAGAAAGUACCUCCCGUGCCUUCCCCCACAUACAGGCCCAGCGUACCACCUUUGCCACCGUCUUACCCCUGUACCGCUCCCAGUAGACGACCCCCUGCAGUGCCACGUUUUGCAGGUGCUCCACGGAUGGCUCCACCCCCUGUUCCCCCUGCUCGGUCUCCUAACACUGAACUCUCCAGUAGGAUCCCACCCCCUCCUCCUCUCCCACUGUCAGCUCCGCCCAGCUCAGUACGCAACGGACACCUGCACAGCUUAGAUGACUUUGAAUCGAAGUUUCACUUCCAUCCUAUUGAGGACUUCCCCCCUCCUGAAGAGUUCAGGCCCUUCCCACGUACCUACCCCAGCAAGGAGAACAGAGUCAACCCACAACCUCCUGCCAUGAGGACUCAUUUAAGAUGAAAUAGGGCAAUAUGAAGUUUGGUGCUAACCUUUUGCAGGACAUAUUUUAUGCAUCAUCCUCAUCGUCAGUGAAGAACAGCAGCCAAAUCUGUAGGUCAAAUCAAGUCACUCAAGCACCACUUUAUCAAUCUCAACUGCAUUAUCUGUGAAAACAUCCUAGUUUGAUAUAAAAAUGUCAUCCACAUGUCAAGAAAGAGUUUCCCUAUUACAGCUGCAGCCAUGUUAAAACCCCUGAUUCUUAUAAAGUUAUAAGUGUUUACCUGUCUAAUUCUAAUAUCAAAUAUGUAAAUAUCUAAUUUUCCUCAGUCAAUAAUAAGUGUUUUAACAUUUAAUAUGUUUCUGGAACAAAUAUAUUAUGCCUAAUAAUUUUGUUUAUCACACCUGACAAGGCUUUUAUUAAUGAUCCUAUCAGCUGUUAACAUACCCUGAAUGGACUAAAAGGGCAAAUUAUUAAAUGGAGAUUAAAACAUGGCUUAAUAAAAUAUGGCAAAAGGAAAGAGUGUUAAAUCUGUGCAUACAGACAAGAGAAGUCUUGCAGUCAUUACUGUUUCAAAUAAAGGGCAUCAGUUUUUGUAAAAGGGAAGAAAGUUAACCACUAA